AUGUUAUCUAAAAUUAUAAAGAGUCCUAUUGUAAUUAGAUUUUUUUCAAGACCUUCAUGUUCAUUAUGCCAAGAUGCUAAGGAAAUAGUAUAUCCUGCUGUAGAAAAUUUUCCAGAAGGUGCAUUUAAAAUAAAUGAAAUUGAUAUAGAUUUAGAUUCAAAUAAAGAAUACUAUGACCGUUUUAAAAAUGAUGUACCAGUUGGAAUGAUAGAGAAAAAAGUAAUUUUCAAACAUAGAAUAGAUGAAGAUAAACUAUAUUUUGAUUUAGAAACAAUGUUAAGGGAUCAAAUUAAAAAAGAAAAAGAAUAA